GAAGCAGCAAAAAAAAAACGUGGUGUGCGUUUUACAGUGAGGGACCGCUGGCGUGGAGCUGCACUAAACUCGGAUGAACACAACGUAAAGACAACCCAGGUUUAAAAAAACAACAACAAGGAGCGACCCACGCCUGCUGCGAAAAUGCUCGUCUUGUUUGAGACCGCUGCAGGCUUUGCCAUUUUUAAAGUUCUUGAUGAAUCCAAACUGCAGCAGAUCGACAGUCUGUACAAGGAGUUUGAGACUCCUGAAAAGGCAAAUAAAAUUGUGAAACUAAAGCACUUUGAGAAGUUCCAGGACACGACUGAGGCUUUGGCAGCUGCCACUGCCCUCGUCGAGGGUAAAAUUAGUAAAAGUUUGAAGAAGGUGCUGAAGAAGAUGGUGGCUAAGGAGGCUCACGAACAGCUGGCCAUCAGUGAUGCAAAACUCGGUGGCGUCCUCAAAGAAAAGCUGGACCUUAGUUGCAUCCACAGCCCCGCUGUCGCCGAACUCAUGAGGUGCAUCAGGAGCCAGAUGGAGGGCCUCAUCUCGGGACUUCCACCCCGAGAGAUGAGCGCCAUGUCGCUGGGCUUGGCUCAUAGUCUGUCCCGUUACAAGCUCAAGUUCAGCCCUGACAAAGUGGACACCAUGAUCGUGCAGGCUAUAUCGCUCUUGGACGACCUGGACAAGGAGUUGAACAAUUACAUCAUGCGAUGCAGAGAGUGGUAUGGCUGGCACUUCCCCGAGUUGGGGAAGGUCAUCACCGACAACUUGGCCUACUGCAAGACGGUCUUGAAAAUCGGCGACCGCACCAACGUGGCCAGCAGCGACCUUUCGGAGCUGCUCCCCGAGGAAGUCGAGGCCGAGGUGAAGCUGGCAGCUGAGAUCUCCAUGGGAACCGAAGUCUCUGAGCAGGACAUCAGUAACAUUCGGCACCUGUGCGAGCAGGUGAUAGAAAUUUCGGAGUACCGCGCUCAGCUAUACGACUACCUGAAGAACCGGAUGAUGGCGAUCGCCCCCAAUCUGACGGUGAUGGUGGGCGAGUUGGUUGGCGCCCGUCUCAUCUCGCAUGCCGGUUCGCUAUUAAAUCUGGCAAAGCACCCAGCCUCCACAGUUCAGAUUCUGGGGGCAGAAAAGGCACUCUUCCGAGCACUCAAGACCCGCAAGGACACGCCGAAGUACGGUCUCAUCUACCACGCCUCUCUUGUGGGCCAGACCACUGCCAAGAACAAGGGCAAGAUCUCCAGAAUGUUAGCGGCCAAAACAUCCCUUGCCAUCCGCUAUGAUGCCCUCGGGGAGGACACAAACGCAGAAAUGGGUGUGGAGAACCGAGCCAAACUGGAGGCCAGGUUACGGCUUUUAGAAGAGAAAGGAAUUCGAAGGAUCAGUGGAACUGGCAAAGCCAUGGCCCAGGCAGACAAAUAUAUGCACAAGAGUGAAGUGAGACUAUACGACCCGUCCGGGGAUUCUUUGAUCCCCUCCACUUCAAAAAAGAGGAAGUUUGAAGAGAUUAAGGAGGAGGAGGAAGAAGAGGCUUUAACGCCUGCGGUGAAAGCCAAAAAGGCCAAAAAGGAACAAAAAGCAGCAGCAGCAGAGGAAGAAGACGAAACAUCCGCAGCUGCCACUGAAGAGCCCCCAAAGAAAAAGAAGAAAAAGAAGAAAGAUAGUGCUGAGGCGCCAAAAGAGGAGGAAGAGAGUGUCGUGGUGACUGAGCCAACAGAGAAAAAGAAAAAGAAGAAAAAGAAGGAGGCGGAAGACUGAAAGGAACAAUGUAUAUAUUUUUUGUUUUUGUCUUUUUUCAAUCAUGCGGUUUUCGUUUUCUUUAAGGGGUCAAAUGUUCACAUUAUGUCUCAUUUAUGGUUUUUCUACUUCUUCAAAUGGUUUUUCUGACAGAGGUUUGCCCGGACUGAAAAAGUAAAAUGUGAACCUUUUUAAUGACCAUGAUUUAAGUUAGUAUUUGAACAUCUGUAUCAAAUCCGCUCCGUUGCAGACUAAGAAACAAACUUGAAGAUUGCAGAAGCAAUAAAUAUAUUUUUUUCCGUUUUAGUGCAAUUCAUGGAAAUGUAUGUUGUGAGACAUGGUAACGCUAUGUUAUUGGACACCACAGCUUUCCUGUCUCUACUGUUAGAGAGAAAAGCAUUUCUCACAAUCUGAUGCUGCAGUGUUUCACAGUGGAGAUUGUGUUCAAGGUAAUGUGCAUAAGUCUGUCAUAUUCUAUCUACAUAUAUACACCGGCGGGAAAAAUGUUUUUGUAAGCACCAGAUAAUAGAAAGUAGAUAUCAAAACACACAGAUUAAAUGGUAUUUUCAAGUGAGGUGUCAAAAACAGCAACAAAAAAAAAGUAUUCUGUAAUUUUAAAGCUCAACGAUACAGAAGAGGUUCUCCAAGAUAAAGCGGCAAAUGUCUUGCCGCCACUUUAUGACACAGGUCUCAAACUCAAGACCUGGGAGUCACAUCUGGCCCACCUCACCAUUUUAUGUGGAUUGUGCCUCAAUUUAUAAUUCAUGCUAAACUACAAAAUUGCAAAUGUUUAAAAUGU